AUGGAGCCCUGCCCACAGGCCUUCAACUUUCAAGGCCUUCAAGGACUGGGGGUGAAAGUGCACUGCAGAUUCAUGCAUCUCGAGAAACAGAAGCAGAAACCUCACAAGCAGCUGCUUUUCCUUUACUACCUUUACAGUGACCCUGUGACCCUUUUUCCCACAGGCUCCAGGAAAUCUCAGCUGAGGAUUGUUCUCGUUGGUAAAACUGGAUGUGGGAAAAGUGCAACAGGAAACACCAUCCUGGGGGGAAAGUCUUUUGUGUCUAAAAUCGCAGCUGGAUCAGUAACAAAAAAAUGUACUAAGAAGAUGAACACGCGGGAUGGCAGAAAACUGGUGGUGGUUGAUACUCCUGGUUUAUUUGACACAAAAGUUUCUUUAAAUGAAACUGCAAAAGAAAUAGGGCGCUGUGUGGUUGUCUCCUCCCCAGGUCCCCACGCCAUCGUUCUGGUCAUGCAGCUGGGGCGUUUCACUCAGGAGGAGAAAAAGACAGUUGCUCGAAUACAAGAUAUAUUUGGGGAAGAGGCUGUUCGAUACAUGAUCUUCUUGUUCACCAGAAAGGAAGAUUUACAGGGGGGGAACUUAGAGGACUUUUUAAAAGCAUUUGAUGACAAAGAUCUCCAGCAGCUGCUGGAUAAAUGCAGAAGGCGCUGCUUGGCUUUCAACAACAAAGCAACAGGACAGGAGCAGCAGGACCAGGUCUCUGAGCUGACAGGAAUGAUCGAUGCGAUGGUGGAGAAGAAUGGAGGUGAGCACUACACCAAUGAAAUGUAUGAGUAUGCUCAGAGGCAGCUUCAAGUGAAAAUGGAGGCGCUCAGGAGAACCUACACUGAGCAGAUGGAAAGAGAAAGAGAGGAGAAGAAAUCUCAGCUGGAUAAGGAACAUAAGAAAGUGGAUGAGGGAUUAAGGGAGAUAAUACAGAAGUUAAAAAAAUGUGGCUUGCUUGAUCAAAACACUUUAUCAUCCCUAGAACAAGAAGCCCAAAAGAAGAAGGAAGCCAUUCAGCAAAAACUGAAAGAAGAGCUACAGGAAAUUAGUGACCGCUACCAGAAAGAUCCAGACGAACUCUCAGAAGAAGCUGGCAAUGAUGGUGCUCUAAUAGAGUCUGUUUUAAAGAGAUUUGAAGUGAUAUUUUCAAAAAUCCAAUACUGGUUCAAAUAAUCAUGAUUGAGUUACCAUAAUUUCUAUUUCUCAAAUGGUGCUACCUUGGUUUAGUCAUCAUACGUGAGAUUUGGUUCCUUGAAACACUUUACCAGUGUGGUAUUUCUGCCUACGAGUUGAUCUGUGUAUAAGUUUCUUAGUCGUCCCCCACACAGCCUGUGGCCAGUUUCUACAUAGCAUGAAAAAAUGGGGCUGUGAUUUGUUCUUUAUAAACAUGGUGUAUUGGUUUCCACUGAAGUUUAGAGCUACAAUUCUGACCUCUUUUGAGCUCAGGUUUACAGUAAGAUUGGGUUGGUGCCUGGUGUUUGUUACAGCUAACAGUGAUUAAAAAUGUAGACUUCCCUUCUGUUCACAAGCCACUUAUCAUAAGCAGGAUCUGGUCAUUAAAAUAUUCUUGAUUAAGAAGAGUCCACAGAACAGUUGAGAUGGACAGUUCCGUCUUCAUAGGAUGUAAUUUUUUUGUCCCAGUCACAUGAUGCUCUUUCUGCUCCUGGACUAAAGUUCUGCUAAUAAGGGGCUAAGGCCUGGGGUGUGAUCUGGAUUUGCAGACCAAUAAAUGUUCAUUUGGAUAUUCAUGGAACCUUAACAUUUGCAAACACAUUUCCAUGCCCCAUAUAAAUCUCCUGUCUGCAAAGGUAUUCAGAAAUGAAGGCCUUAAAAAUAUUGUCACUUGAAUGUAAUUCUCACAGGCAAAACCCACUCACCUAUGGUUAUAGCCAAAUUGGUUAUUUUCCAAAGAAUUCUCCAGCUGUAUGCAACACUGCUGGUGAAUUAUGCUAUUGAUAUAAAUGUUACUGCUCAUCCAUUCCCAAGAGCAGCACCUGUGGUUUUUGAUUGAUGGGGACCAUAUUACUUCACCCUGAGGUGAACUUCAGGACACAAAUGAACCCUAGCAUGCUUCAUUAUGAAAGAGUCUUCAACUCAUCGGCUCAGGUUCAGAUUUGCUUUCCUUUACAGAUCUGUGGAGGGAGUGAGCUCCCAUCUAGGAGUAUUCCAGGAGCAGGAGUGAGUAUAACAGGGUGUCCGUGCUGCAGGCAGCUCACAGCUGUGGUUUUGGCUACCAGGAGCCCCUGCCCUGUAGAUCAGAGGAGCUCCUUCUGGCUUUGCUUGUUUCAGAGGCCACACAAGCCACUGGAGAGCUCAGAAGUGGGAGGGCUGGUGUCAGCCUUGGCCAUUCUCAAGGGGCUUGGCCCAAGCUACAGAAGCAUGGAUAAGUAGAGGGCCCCAAAUCUUUUUUAGUGUGACCACAGAAGAAACCUUUGCAGAUGUGACAACAGCUUGGUCAGCAAAGUAAAGGGAGCCAUCGCCAUGUCCAACUAAAGCAGGAAUGAGAGGAAAUUAAACAGAGAGCAAUCCGGAAAGGAGACAUUAUAAGGAAGACUAUGCAUGAAAUAAUCUAAAUAGUCUAUACUGUAGUUUUAUCAUAUAGUAACUGAUGUAAGCACAUAUUUUAGAUGCUGUUUUGCUAUAUAAAUAUGUUUCUGUUAAGAUUCUUAGAUAAGUUAUAAAAACAAAGCAGCCUUUUUUAUGGAAGACCGUACAUUUCAGGGAAGAGAAAACAGCCUGGUGGCAAGCAGUAUCCCAUAAUGGUGAAGGAAGGAGACAAGAAGUCCUUCCUCCCAAAGUGUAACUUGCUCAAAAACAUAAAUCCAGCUCCUUUUACACCCACAAGAAAACUGGUUCAGUCCAGUUCCAACAGGUUUGGUGAAACAAAGACGUUGAUAUAAAACCAAUCUGAGGUUAUUUACUAGAAUGUUAGAACCAAGCACCUAUGAACAUGGGGCAAAGGGUGGAGGGGAAUUUGGAGAGCUCAGCAGAUUCAAGAAAGACUUACGACCAAACUGCAUGCCACCCACCCCCACCCUCUUGAGUCUCUCCAGGGAGUAGAGGUAAGAAGCUGUGCUGUGCUGUCAUGGGCAGCCAGAUGGAUUUCGGGAUAAGGGCUUGUUUUUGUAGUUGGCGGUGCAAGUAAUAAAA